AUGCCUCACUCCGACCUCGAUCGCCCGCUGGUCAAGCGCCAAAAAACGACCCUGCCAGCUAAUGCUGCGAAGCUCGCCUCCAAUUCCUCUAGGAUCUUCGCUCCCUUCCGAACUGUUGGCCUCGUCUCCCCUACCGGCGUCCCAUUCACCUCGAUCCCCCUCGGCAAGACUACCUUUCAGAUCUCCACCUCAGUUGGCAGAUCGAUCCAGACCUACGAUCUCCGUCGCGGCCUCAACCUCGUCUUCAUCACUCGCCCCCAGACUCCCGCCGACAUCACUGCGACGCUCGCUUGGAAGGAAAAGAUUUUUGCGGCAUGGGGCGGAUCGAAAAAUGGUGAGUCCCAAGGUAUCUGGGUAUUCCAGAGAGGCAAGAAGGUCGACGAGCUCCAGCUACCCUCCGACUUGAAUGAGCCUAUCCGGCAGAUCUUGGUCCUGGGGACCUGGACCGUUGCCUGUGCCUUGACCAGACUCGAAGUGUUCAAGACGGCCACCUUCGAACACUACACGACCAUCCAGACUAUGGCUGCCAGCAACGGCGGGAACCAAAUCACUGGUGGUAUCGUCUCUAUGCCUACCUUCUUGAACAAGGUCUUUGUGGGUCGAAAGGACGGUUGGGUUGAGAUUUGGAAUAUCAGCACCGGGAAACUCAUCUAUACCAUCCUCCCUCCAUCCCCCGAUUGCGGUUCCGUUACUUGCCUCGAGCCGAGUCCCGCCCUCUCCCACCUCGCGAUCGCCUACUCCGAAGGUCCUUUGGUCAUCACCAAUGUCCUCACCGACAAGCGGGUUUUGCAGAUUGAGGCUGGUAGUGACUCAACCCCGGUCAAUUCCAUCUCCUUCAGGACUGAUGGUAUGGGCGCCGGCCACGAUGGCCGAAAAGACGGUGUUAUGGCAACUGCAACAGCUGCCACUGGAGAUGUGACCUUUUGGGAUCUCAACAAGGGAGGUCGCGUCAUGGGUGUCCUGCGUAGUGCUCACAACCCGCCGUCCUAUGAUGGCCCGGCUGUUCGUGGUGGUGUCAGCAAGGUUGAGUUUCUCCCUGGUCAGCCAGUUAUCCUAACCAGUGGCCGUGACAACUCGCUCAAAUCUUGGAUCUUCGACGAAACUCCGUUCUCCCCCGUUCCCCGAAUCCUACACUCUCGAAGCGGGCAUGCUGGCCCUGUCAACUGUCUCCAGUUUCUACCUUCUGACUUCGACGGCUCGGAUGCCGGCAACAAGUGGCUUCUUAGUGGUGGUCAAGAUCGAAGCCUCUGGGGUUGGAGUUUGCGACGGGAUGGCCAGAGCACGGAACUCAGUCAAGGCAAUAUCCGCAAGAAGGCUAAAAAGGUGGGAAUUCUGGCUACCAAUGCCCUGGCCCAUGGGCCGACAACCACUCUGGAAGACCUCAAAGCGCCGGAAAUCACCUGCAUGGCGACUUCACUGAAUCGCGAUGGUGGCAUCGGUGCCAUGCCUGGUAACCAGCCGAUAUGGCAAAAGUCUCAAAACCAGAAGAGGACUCAGGACGCUGAAGCCAGUGGCAUGACGGGCUGGGAAAGCGUCGUGACGGCUCACAAGGACGAUGCAUACGCCAGAACCUGGUUCUGGGGACGAAAGAGAGCGGGUAGAUGGGCUUUCCCCACAGGAGAUGGCUCCAAUGUCUCUACAGUUGCCAUAAGCCCUUGCGGAACUUUUGCCCUCGUGGGCUCUGAAGUUGGCGGCAUCGACAUGUACAAUCUGCAGUCUGGCACACACCGACAGCGAUUCCCAUCAAAGCUGACGCCGGCUCAAGCACGUCAGCUCAAGAUGCAACAAUUGCGACAAGCUGAUGACGUGGUGCAAUUGCAGAAUGAAACAGGACGCAAAUUCCCUGCCGGUACUGGCAGGCACACCAAAACCAUUACUGGCAUUGUCGUUGACUCGAUGAACAAGACGAUAGUAUCUUGCUCUCUGGAUGGUAAAAUCAAGUUUUGGGAUUUCUUGACUGGAAACCUCCUCGAGCAAAUCGACUGGGCACCUAUGACGUUCCCCACAGGGUGUAGGUAUCACCCGGCCAGUAAUCUGAUUGCCUUCUCCUGUGACGAUCUGUCGAUUCGGGUGGUGGACAUGGACACCAAGAGGACAAUUCGAGAGUUCUGGGGCCCGCAAGGUGCAAUCAACGACUUUUGCUUCUCAAGCGAUGGCCGGUGGAUCAUUGCAGCCUCCAAGGACUGUGUUAUCCGGGUUUGGGAUCUUCCAACAAGUCACUUGAUUGACGCCAUCCGGUUGGAGAAGCCAUGCAAAGCCCUGGCAAUGUCCGUCACUGGCGAGUACCUUGCUGCUACGAUUCAGGAUGAGCUAGGAGUUACCAUUUGGACCAACAAGGCCUUGUUCAAGCAUGUACCAACACGGCAGAUCUCGGAGAAGGAGAUCAGCCAAGUCUCUGCUCCUACUGUCUCAGGCGAAGGGAACCAGGGCAUGCUGGAAGGCGCUUUCGAAGAUGAUCAAUCGGAGGCUGACGAUACUGUGGUUGCACCCACCAUUGAGCAGUUAAGCGCAGACUUGACGACGUUAAGUUUGGUCCCCAAGAGUCGAUGGCAAACCCUGCUCCACUUGGACCUCAUCAAGGAGCGGAACAAACCCAAGGAAGCCCCCAAGGCCCCUGAGAAGGCCCCCUUCUUCUUGCCCUCGGGCAAGGACAGUGCACUCGCGCAGCAGAAAUCGGGAACUGAUGAGGAAAACCAGUCCCGUAUCACCAAGGUUGAGAAGGCUCGCUUCGAGGAGGUGCUGAGCUCCAAGCUCCGUUCUGGAGUAGCCACUGGUGUUUACGACGAGUUCAUUGAACACCUAAAGUCCCUCUCCCCGUCGAGCGCAGACCUCGAGUUGCGAUCCUUGUCUAUCGGCGAUGGCGGCGAAGACUCCAACGAACUCCUCCAUUUCAUCCGCGCGCUGACCGCCCGCCUUCAGGCCCGCCGCGAUUACGAACUCACCCAAGCCUGGAUGACUGUUUUCCUUCGCUUGCAUUUCGAUCUCGUCAUGGAGAACGAGUCCCUAUUGGCGGCGCUUGGCGACUGGAAGGCGUAUCAAGAGAAGGAGUGCACGAGGCUAGACGGGCUGGUUGGUUAUUGCAGUGGCGUGGUUAGCUUCUUGAGGAGUCCCCGGACAUAG